AUGCCUCGCUCCGAUUCCCAGAGCCCUGACUUCGAGUUGAUUGUUCGCCAACAACCGGAGCAAGCACGCGUGGCUGGGGGCAAGGAGAAAGAGCGCAAACCAGUUGAUCCUCCGCCUGUGAUUCAGCUCAAAGUUUUGCCGGAGAGCAGCUAUCUGGCCCAGCACUACCUUCAGAGUCCCUAUUAUUUCAUGUGCUGUAACUUAUACCACGCCACCGAAGAUCAUCCUGUUCAUUCCAGCCAGCCUUCUACAGCCUUAGCUGGCACUCUCGUCUCUUCAUUGCAUCGUUUGAAGGACACAGACAAUACUGAUGGAGGAUUCUUUGUUUUCGGAGAUUUGUCCAUUAAGGUUGAGGGUGAAUUCCGAUUGCAAUUCACUCUUUUCGAGAUGCAAAAGGACAAUGUCGUGGCCUUGAAAUCGAUCGUUUCCAACUCAUUUCCAGUGUUGACACCAAAGAAUUUCCCUGGAAUGAGAGAGUCUACACCUCUUUCCAGGUCGUUUGCCGAUCAAGGGGUGAAAUUAAGGAUCCGGAAGGAAGCACGGAAUGCGCAAAAACGCGGAGGCGCAAGUAGACAUGAAGAAUAUGCUUCAAGUCUACCUCGCUCACCUGAUCGCCCGCAAAUGCCUCAAAUAGUUUCCAGCGCCUUUCCAGGAUAUCCUCAGCAUAGCUACUACGCUACGACGCCGGCUCCAAAGCGUGUUCGCACGUCCAUGGACAUGGAUCAAAGAGCGGUGUUUGAACCUGAUGCGCGGUUUGCGCCCACUUACCAACCCACGACAAUGUACUCGAAUCAGCCUGGAGCAUAUCAAACCCCGAUAGGAUUCGGAUAUACCGGACAAGCACAGCAUGUAACCAUGCCGGAGUACGGCGUUAGACCACAACAGCCUCUAACGAGCACGGGUUCGUCAUACCCUACGUCGGAAGAUCCGAUGCUGGCCAUGAGAUCUUUCAACAACAGCGGGUAUAUCAAUCAACCGAGGUAUCCUGCCUAG